CUGUGACGUACGCAUGCCGCGUCUCAGCCGGCCCCAGUGGCAGUACCGUGUCGUCCGUGCACAUGAUCACACGCAUCGCGCCCGCGAACCUCGCAACGUUCGAUCACGAUUGUGUUACAUAAAAAUUCGCAUCGUUCUAACUUUACACAAACCGGACAAGUGCCAGAAAAAAUCAAAUUAUUUCAAAAUCUUUUCACAUUCCAAGCGUAACGUUUGUUGUUUCGAGGAAAAUUGUUCGAAUCUCGACGAAGAUUAAGUUGCGUAAACUUGCGAGACUCUAGUGAAAAUUUAUUUAUUGGCUAAUAAAAUCAGUGAAGAUUACGUCGAAAAUAGUGGAAGUCAGUGCGUUGUGGAACUGGACGGUCGGUGAUGUAGUUUCGGUGCACAACAGCAGCGAGAUGGAUACGAUGAUUAGCGUGUGGACGAUGGUGGAGCAUGUGCGUGUGGCCAGCGGCGCCGCCGAGCUCGCCAUCUUCACCGCCAUCCUCUACUGGUUCUUCACCUCCAGUCGUGUUGCCGAUAUGCUAGAAGUGGUUGGCGAGAGGGUGGGAGGAUGGUGCGGCCGCGACACAAGCAGCUCGCUCAGACAAGCCGUGCGCGCGCGCAAACGACAACAAGAGUAUUCCAAACUGGAUAGUACCGCUAAUUGCCGCAAAUCGUCGCUGUUCAGAAUAAAGGAAGGACCCGUAAUCCCAGCUCCAGAACCUCAACACAGACCACCUUCGGGACUGGCCUGUGGACGGUGUGCACCAGUUUCCAGGGAAUCAUGGCAGGACCAUAAAGUGAGGGAUACGGGUGCCGUCAUCAAUAUCCUGGACAUCGGACGGCAGAACUUUGCGAAUGGUGGUGUGGUCUCACGCUACCUGUGUGACUUGGCACAGUGCUGCAACCUGUGCGCCUACGACUAUAAGGACAUUGUUCCCAAUGUGGUUAAAGACGAGAGCGUAGAACAGGCAAUCGAGGAGGCCACACAAGAAGAAUUAGCUAAAGCCAAAGAUAAUGGUCAGAGUGGCGCUCAGUACGCCACCAUACGGAAGCGGGUGGAAGCUCGCGCGCUGAAAGUAGUACAGGACAUCAGCUCCGCCAUGUCUAAUAAUGUGCUCAAAUUCGUAGCCUGGGUGUGCCACAAGGCUGUACGAAGAGUUGCGGGCGGUGGAUGCGGUACCCGCGUCGCUGGAGUGGAACGUUUACGUCGCGCCAACGCAGCCGGUCUGCCCCUAGUCUUCGUGCCUCUCCAUAGAUCUCACUUCGAUUACAUACUCAUGACUUUUACGCUGUACCUGACUGGAUUGAGGCCUCCACUAGUCGCCGCCGGUGAUAAUAUGAGGAUUCCUUUCUUUGGUUGGUUCCUACGAGGUUGCGGUGCGUUCUAUAUCAGACGCAGGGUUGAAGGAUCAGAGUAUCAUGGCGACCCCACCUACAAAUCAGCUCUUAGGGCUUACAUACUGAAUAGUUUAUCGGCUGGCAAUAAUUUGGAGUUCUUCAUCGAAGGAGGUCGUACUCGGACCGGCAAACCACAAACUCCUAAAGCGGGAAUUCUAUCAGUAAUCAUGGACGCUUACUUGGAUGGCACCAUAGACGAUGCCCUUCUAGUCCCUGCCACGUUAAACUACGACAAACUGGUGGACGGUAACUUUGUCCGCGAACAACUGGGCAUGCCCAAACAAAUGGAGACAUUCUGGUCGGCUCUGAGAGGCAUCUGGAGAACGCUUAACACUAACCACGGCAGCAUCCGAGUGGACUUCAACCAACCUAUUUCUUUGAAGGAACUAGUAACAUCAUUCCAGAAGUACCAGCAUUACAAGGCGCCCAUAGAGACCUGUCUCACUCCCCCCAACAACAAUUUGGCAGUAAACCUUGACAGGCAGAUUCUGUACAACCACAGCCAUUCCAGUUUGUAUGGAGCUGACGUUAGCACUGAUCAUAAGAUGAUGGUCGAAGCUAUUGGCAGGCAUUUGGUUUAUGACGCGGCGCAGGCGACGGCGUUGAUGUGUACGAACGUGGUGGCGUACGUGUUGCUGACGGAGGCGCGGCGCGGGGCGCCGGCCGCCCGCCUGGCCGCCGCGCACGCCGCGCGCCGCGCCGCCCUCGCCAACGACUCGCGCGACCUCGCGUACGCCGCAGACUCACCCACCGCACUCAAGCACGCCCUGGAGAUGCUAGGCCGUGGCCUGGUCCGGCGCGACGGCGACAUGAUCCGGCCCGGCACGAGCAUCGCGGCGCAGCUGGAGCUGGCGUACUACGCCAAUACUGUCGUAGCGCACUACGCCGCGCCCGCCAUCGUCGCGACCGCGCUUGAAAGUUUGAUCUGUGCAACGUCAUCACAAGAAUUCCGCCAUUCUGACUUAGUCAGUGCAUCAUUACAAUUGUGCGAAGUGUUAUCCCACGAGUUCAUAGUCUGUGCACCCUGCCAGAGGAUCCAGGAUCGAAUCCUAGACGUCAUCGACUCGUUAGAGUCACAGCAGCUGAUAAUCAAAGAUAAGUCGACAGUGGUAUUGGAGGAGCAGCAAUGGUCGCGUCGCAUGGCGCGGCGGCUGGAGGGCGAUGACGAGGAUGACAGACCCGACCCCACAGAGAGGGUCACUUACACAGUCUCCAACAAACCUGAAGCCAUCGCCGAGAGGCGAAGACUACUACUAACGAUCCGCCCCCUACUGGAGGCGUACUCGGUGACCUGUCGACACCUGCAGGCCGGCACCAUGAAGGAUGUCGUGAAGAAUUCCCUCGACUCGCUCACCGAGGAUUUCACACAGAACAAGAUGCUCUUUGGUGAAGCAGUAUCAACGGACGCGAUCCGCAAUUGCCUACGUUUACUGCGGCAAUGGGGCGUUAUACACGUGUACACAGAGGGCAAAGCCCGAGCGGUGCGCCUAGCGGAGCCCUACACCUCCGCCCCCGCACUAGAAGAUGUCUGCCACAACAUCCACAAAUUCAACAUGAACACCCCACUACUAUUAGAACCAAGUAAUACAUAAACAUCACCCUAUAUUUAUUUAGUGUUAACAGAGUAAUGUUUUUACUUAAAUACUAUUUUCGAACUUACCUGACUAAUUUCGAGCUUCAUCGGGACUCAUAAUCAUUAGCUAUGUUAAAGUUUAAUUCGGUAAUUUUGAACGCCGCUUUGGCUCGAAACUUAUUGGGCGACUUCGGAAAAUAUCGUAAAAACAUUAUUUAAUUUGAAUGUCAACCUUAAACAGUCCCUUUGGGCAAAUGGUUGUCAAACGAAGAAUAUUCUUAUAUUGUUAUUAAAUACGUAGGGCUUUUACGUCUUAACUCAAUACGGCCAAGAUAGUGAAUUUGAACUUUAAUGCCAUGAAAAUGUAGAUCAUUUUUAUGUGUAUCCGUUCCUGGAUUUA